AUGCAAUGAAAUUGGAUGUGGAUAAGAUGAAUGGAAAAAAAUGGCGCAUGUUUCAUUCAAAUUCAGAAUGAAUGAUUGAGAAUCCAUCAUUGCGUUUGGUCCAUCAUCUAUCGCGCAUUCGAUUAUUUUCAAUACGAUUCUGUUUGUUUUAUUCGCUUCAGUUAAUUUUGGGGAUUUUUCCAAAUCUAAAAAUUGUCCAAAAUUAGUUAGUUGAGGAAGAAAAUGGGAAACAAAGUAGCCGUAUUUACUGACCAACAAUUGGAAAACUAUCAGGAUUGUACAUAUUUCACACGGCAAGAGAUCCUCACUGUAUAUAAACGAUUUCGAGAAUUAGAUCCAAAAAUUGUACCAGCCGUUAUGACUAAAGAUGAACCUCAUACCAUAUCGAUUCCAAUGGAAAAAAUUAUCAAAAUGGCCGAAUUGAAAGAGAAUCCAUUCAAAGAAAGAAUCUGCAAAGUAUUCUCACAUGAUGGAACUGGAAAUCUAACAUUUGAUGAUUUUAUCGAUAUGCUUUCCGUUUUCAGUGAAAAUGCCAGUCGUGAUAAUAAACUUUACUAUGCAUUUAAAAUAUACGAUUUUAAUGGUGAUCAAUUGAUCAAUGGUGAUGAUGUUGAACAAGUCGUACAGGCAUUAACUCGAAAUGAAUUAAACCAAGAUGAAAUAUCCAUUGUAAGAGAAAAAGUUCUCGAAGAGGCUGAUAUCGAUGAUGAUAAAUGUAUUUCUUUUUCUGAAUUUCGACAUGUCAUCAGCAGAGCUCCAGAAUUUCUCAAUACAUUCCAUAUGCGAAUCUAAUUCAUAUCGAUUAUUUAUUUUUAUUGGAUGAUUUAUUCAAUUCAUAUUUAAUAACAUAAAAAUAGAAUAAUCUAAUGUUGAUUAACAAAUAGUAUAAAUUUCAAUUUUAAAUAAAUAUAAUAAAUAUAUCUGAAAA